ACACACUUUGAGAAUCCCAAGUCUCCGGUGUGUAGCUGGCCAGUAUCUAAUAAAGGUCCAGAACAUCUGGAGACUCCACGGAGAUCCAGGCGUUCAGCCCGAUUCACGUUUUCUGAUCAGCCUUGAUCUUUCGGUGUACUUGGUUUUCGGUGUACUGAGAGCCAAGACUUUGCUCAAGCCGAAGGAGCCACCAGUCCUCAGCACCUAGAUUCCACUGAGGAGUCUGGUCUUCUGGAAGCUGAGAAAACUUGGAUAAACCUAACAUUUAGAGGUGGCUGUCGACAGGUUCUCCACGCCUGGAUUGUAGAAGAGUGGCAUCGGGAGCCCUCUCAGAGGCUCCAGGACACUGUGACCUCUUCAGUUAAGGCUGCUUUCAGAGGUCCACUGCUUUAAGGCAUCCUUCCCAGGAUCAAGAGACACCGAGCUGAGACGCUGGGACCCUGCUAGACGAGACCACCACAUCAUCCUGACCACCCCUGUGCUGUCAAAGUAGACGGAGUCUGCACCUGGAUACAUCACUCUCAGAUCAAGUGUGCCACUGGAAACAAGAUCUAGUUAAAGAAAAGUGAACUGUCACCAAAACUUGCAAAGAUCCACUAAAGAUAAGGGUACCAUGGGUUUUAACCUAAGGAUGCUGUUUUGUCUGGCUAUAUUUCCUUAUGUUCUUUCCUCGAAUCUAAUUUCAAAACCCCAAGGUUCUCAGGGUCCUAAACAGACCAGACCAUCCCCUAAGGCAUGGAAGUUCCAGGUAAUUGCCAUAGAAAAUCAGAACAAGACCAUAGCCUCUACCUUCUGUCCGGUGACAGGAUGUGCUAGUACUAUAAGCCUCACCUUUGAUAUAAGGGACACCUGCCAAGGAAAAUGUAUACAUGAGCCCUACAAUGCUAUGACCUCUCCUAUAUAUGUUUGUUUCGUAUAUGAGCAAACUCGCUCAGACUGUAAGGACCCAAAUUAUGGAGGAUGUCCACACUGGGGCUGCAAAUAUCAUAGUACUUGGCCCAGAUGGGGAGGAGAAAGGCCAUCCAGACUCAACUCUGUUGAUUGGCAUACUAAGGUCAUGUACUCGAUCCCUGACCCCUGGAAUGACAGAUGGAGAAUAGGGGUUGAGGGUCAUAUCUACAGACAUAAUGAGAGGGAUACAGGCUAUGACAAGAAGACUAAGAUACUCAUCUUUAGAGGUUUAGACAGAUUUCCAUCUCCAAAUUCCUCGGGUUGAAUGUUAUAACCAAACCAGGUGUUAUACCCGCUCCUGGCCCUGAUGGUGAGGUCACUGGCUGACAUCACUUUGUAUUACCACCACCUUUCUCUCUCUCUUCCUACUAACCCUACUUCUCUGACCGCCUUUGAGUUCCUAAUGACAUGUUAAUAUCUGUAUACUUGCUCAUGAAUGUUACUAAUCCAAGUGCUAUGCCUGAUUGUUAGUCCUGAACCCUACAAAACUCUCGCACUGUGUAGGACUCACUGCAUACCAGAAGCUCAUUCGAUCACUCCCUUUGCCAGUUACUCAUGGGUGUAUCUUUCCACUCAAGCAUCAAAUCUCUUCACAUAGGCCAAAUCCAAGCUGGGGGGACUUAUUUCUCCUCAAAGAGCUAUGAUGUAUCUAAAUCUCCCUUUAAGAGUAAAUGAAGGCUUUCCAUAAA